AUGUCUCAGUCUUUCGAAGACGAAAUCGCAGCCCUAACACAAAGGGUGCAAUCAGACCCCGAAUUGCUCAACCCAGAAUCGCGAAUCAAAGCUUUAAAAGCCGCAAGAGACCUUAUACACGCAAUAACUCCCCCACCAGAGACUGCUAUCCAGGAUGUAGUUUUAAGCCCGGUUCUCCUCAUGGCUAUACGCGUGGGAGUUGACCUUGACGUGUUUCAAGCUAUCUGCGAUGGCCAGGGCGAGGGAGUGACUACUGACACUAUUGCCGAGAAGACAGGGGCAAGUUUUCUUCUGGUUGCCCUCUCCUUUGACCGCAAUUAUGGCAAACCGUCAUUCAGCGCGAUGACACGGGCAUGCUUCGAUAUUGGGAAUUAUACUACAACUUGCGCCCCAGAGUAUUUCCGGCAGAACAAGCACGCAUUCUUCUCUUCCCCAACAGAGACCCCCUUCCAGCUUGCCAAGGGCACGUCGCUCGACUACUUCGCCUGGUUAGCAGAGAACCCGUUAUUAGCAACAGACUUUCAGGCCUGGAUGACGGUAAAGCAGCAAGCAUCGCCAAGUUGGGUGGACUGGUUUGAUGUAGAGGGUCUGAUUCUAGACGGGUUCCAAGAACACAACGCACAGGGAUCAUCAUCCAGCGAUGGUGAAACGGAGGGGGAGCAGGCAGAGCCCGUCUUAAUCGUCGACAUUGGCGGCGGACAGGGCCAUUACCUGCAUGCAUUCAACCGCAGGUUCCCUCAUGCACCCGGCCAGCGGAUUCUCCAAGACCUCCCGCAUACAAUUGACGCUGUUUCCGAUAUCCCAGACAAGACCAAACUCAUGGCAUAUGAUUUCUUCACUGCCCAACCUGUUAAAGGAGCAAGAACGUACUAUCUCCACUGGAUCCUGCACGAUUGGGCCGAUCCGCAGGCCCGCACUAUCCUCUCAAACAUCAGCGCAGCCAUGAAACCUGGCUACUCGAGACUGGUCAUCAAUGAGUCGAUUGACCCUGAUAAGGGCUGUGAUUUCGCCACGGCUUGUAUUAGCGCGAUGAUGAUGCUUCAGGUAGGGGCGAGAGAACGCACAGAGGGGCAGUGGAGAAAGCUAUUGCCGGAGGUGGGGUUGACUGAAGUGCGCUGUUAUCAAUCGCCUGCUGGAUCGGCGGGUGAGGGGAUCAUUUUUGUUACAAAGUAG